GGAAGCAGGAGUACCGUGAGCGCGCUAGAAGUCUGCGAUCAGACUCAAAAGCUAACGCUUCACCAUUCGUGGCAUCCAUUUUUUGUUUUUUCUCUUUCCGUGCUCACACCAGCGUCACUCCACAGCAUGUCGUCGCUCAGCUCCGUCGGUACGAUGACGCUCCGCAGCGCACUCGCCUGCUCGAUGCUGUGUCGCUGCCUCACCACCUCCGCCACGGCAGGCACAGCCGGCACGCGCACCUCCACACACCGCACUGCGCUGGCAACGCUGACCGGCGUUCGCCUGACGAGCACGCUCGGUGCACCGACACGGGCCCUCUUCGUCGCAAAGCGGCGCCGCACCGGGAAACGGGUCCCUGUCGCGCCGACCGCGAGCGCUCACUUCCCAUCGCAGCGGAGUAGCGGCGCUGCCCCAGUUGCCCCAGUGGAGGCGAAGCCCAACACACCUGCGUCGUCAUCCGUUGGCGAAGACAACGGGGCAGACGCGACGUCAGCGCACGAUGUACCGCAGCCGCAGCAGCAGGCGGACUCCUCAUCCGUACCGCCGACAGAGCGGCCACGUCGGCGUUACUCCGUCUCGUCAGCGGCCGCCGAUCAGCAAGUCCAACGCCUAAAGCAGGAGCUGCUGCACGCACGGCUUCGACUUGCCAAGGCAGAGCAGACGAAACUCGCGCUCUACGAAAGCGUGCUGGGGAAGCUGGAUGAGACCGACCGCGCCGCCCAGAAAGCCGCGGCCAGUCUGCGCUACACCGGCAUGGCGCUGCGCUGUGCGCAUGACAACUUGGAGGUAGAGCUGCGUCGACUCAUGACGAUCGGCCUCACGGCUGGCGAGGUCGACGCGGCGGCAGUGGAGGCGGGGGCACGGCAGUACAUUCGGCAGAACAUUGGAUUUCACGCCGAGCACGUGGCACGUGAGCCGUCGUCCGUGACGGACGUUGUGCGGGAGUCGCGAACACGCUCGAGGUCUGACACACCUUAA